AUGGCCAUGAAUACACUAACUCAAACAAAAGCGGAAUCGAAUCGUCGACAAGAGCAAGCGAACGUGAUACAAGAGAAUUAUUAUAAAGAAAGAAAUGGAGCGAUUAAAGAAUUAGAAAAAGUUCAAAAGGAACAUGAACCACUGAAUGAGCGUUAUGUUGCUUCGUUGGUGACAAUCAAUAGUGUCAAAAAACAUAUAGAAAGUUUAGAAAAGUUGAUGCAACUGAAGCUAGAUGAUCAACACAAAAAAUUAAUAGUAAAAUAUGAACGCGGUCUUUUACUAUACGGUCCACCGGAAACUGGUAAAUCUGAACUGGUUAAACGAGUUGCAGUUUACGCCGGUAUAACAAUGAUUACACAACCGUUAACUGCCGGCGAACUUAAUCGACCAUAUGUUGGUGAAACUGAAAAACUUCUUGUUGAUAUUAUGUAUCGUGCACAUGCCGUUCCAUUUUUAAUUUGUGCUAUGACAAUACAUGAAAUUGAUGGUCUUGUAACAAAACGUGAUAAUAAUGCACAACAAGGAAAAAUUAAUGGUAUUACUGUACAGGCCACUAAAUAA